AAAAAAAUUACGAGAAGAAAUUUUUUUUGUGGAGAUUCCAAAAAUAAAUUUGGAUUGUCUAAUAAGGAUUACCGAGAUAGACCGGACAUAAAGGAACUUUGAUUACCAUUUAAUUAAGGAUCAAAAUUAUGUGUAUGUGAUUUAGGAUCAUGUUAUCAUAAAACAACCUAGCGAGAGAAGCUGAGGAGGAGUUGAUUUUUUUUUGUUGCAACAUCUGAACAUGGUGGCGUAGAUGAUACAUAAAAAAGUAUAAAAAGCAGUGAAUAAAAUGUGUGAAAAAUGAGAAAAAUUUAAUUAAAAACGGAGAGUAAAAGAGUGGAUGAACAGAUACAUACACAUAGGCACAGGAGAAAAAAAAGCUGAGAGACCAGAAUUUGUGCAUGAUGAACAAAAAUUAUGUUAUUUUUUUCUGUGUGUCAACUUUCUGUAUAUGAUAUGACAAUGCAACGAGAAUGAUUUCAUAAAUCAUCAUCAACAGAAAAUUUUAUCAUUUUUGCUCGGGCAUAAUUUUUAUAUGUCUGUAUGUGCAUGUAUUAGUGACUAAGAAACAGUGAAAAAAUAAUUGUUCAAAAAAAAUCCAAAAAAAAAAUUUUUUGGUUUAAAAAAGUGAUAAGAAGACAGGCAGCUACAGAAAAGGAGAAAAAAGGCAUCAUCAUGUGCUCAAACAAACUAAUUAGAUUAAGCAUAUGCCGGAAGGCUUAUACAGUACUGUUUAUUUUACUUUAUGGAUUAACCGCACACAUUACACAUGCCGCCAUAUCAAACAGAAGUAAAUCAUUAGGUAAUAAAUCACUAGCAACGACAUCAUCAACAUCACAAGCCAGAUUUAACACACAAGGACACACAUAUAGAGCAGUUGUAGGAGAAACUUUAACGUUGCCUUGCGAAGUAGAAAAUUUAGCUUCAUCUGACGAAAUAUCUUAUAUCUGCCGAGUCACAGCAUUCAAUCGAAUCGCAUCAACGGGACGCGUCAUGAGCAUCCAAGGAACUCAUCUAGAAGGCAGAUCCAACAUUGACGUCAACACAUUGAUCAUUGUUGAUCAGCAAAUUGAAAACUUUCCACGUCAUUUAUACAAUUACUAUCCAAACUUAAAGUCGAUCUCAGUCAUAUCGUGUGGAUUGAAAACUUUAUCAAAAGCUGACUUAACUGGAUGUAAAAGGAUUGAGAAAUUGAUGCUGAAUGGAAACCUGAUCACAUCAAUCGAUUCAGAUGUCUUUGAACAUGCUCAAAAUCUUGAGACUAUUUCAUUCUUUAAGAAUCGAAUCUCAUUUGUGCCUGAUAAUGUCUUUGAUGUUCUUAAAAAGUUAAAGAAUGUCAACUUGGAAGUUAAUUCUGGAAUCGAUUGGAGCUGCCGUGAAGUCAAACGCGGAAGAAGUAUUCUGGAUGAAGUCAAGACAAACUUGAAGAAGCACUUUGAAGAGAUUGAAAUCGUAGCCGAUACCAAAAAGAGAUCUUUGGAAUUUUUCAAGGCUUUUGAGUAUUUGAAUAACUACCGCGAUUUUUCAAGGAUUAUAGUCGGAGAUAGCUCUAAUGAAAGGAUCAACAUGAUGUUCAGAUCACUCGUUCUUCUUUGGCGACGAGGUGUAAAUGUAUUAUCAGCAAAAGACAUGAAAGUGACACAAGAUGACCGAAUAAACUUAGUGAAUGGCUAUAAUUUAGAAAUAUCCGAACUCGAGCCGCAAGAUGCAGGCGACUAUGUAUGUCAAAUAGUUGAUAAAGUCAACAAGGAUCAAGUUCAUACUGUUGAAAUACUUGUUCCACCAUCAGUGAGAGCGGUUCCAUCGAGUGGUCAGAUAACAGCACGAAAAGGUGGUGCUGUGACGCUGGAGUGUAAAGCAUCAGGCAAUCCCGUUCCACAAGUUUCAUGGAGUGGAACAGGAAAAUCACUUUCACGUAUCGGUGAAGGACCGAUUUUAACUCUCGAGCGUGUUGAGAGACAACAAUCAGGCGUUUAUCAAUGCACAGCGGACAACAGUGUUGGGGAGGCAGCUACUGUUGAUAUGAGACUAGAUGUUUUGUAUCCACCAGACAUUGUGACAGAAAAAUCAUGGAUACACUCGGGUGAAGGCUUCGAAGCAACUUUAGUGUGUAUUGUUCAUGCUGACCCACAGCCAACGGUUUCAUGGUUCCAGAACUCAUUUCCACUUCAACCGACAGAUAGGCGUAUCAUGUCAUCACGUGGUAAUCGUCAUCAAUUAACAAUUCGUCAUGUCAUGCAAGAGGAUUUUGGAAAUUACAGCUGCGUCGCCGACAACUCAUUGGGUCGUUCAAAGAAAUACAUGGAACUCAGUGGUCGUCCUGGUCCAGCAGAAUUCCAUUCAGCACCAUGGAGCAAAUCACCGGAUAGUUAUAAUCUGACAUGGAAAGUUGACAGCUAUCCACCACUACAGGAAGUGAGAUUACUAUACAGAAAGCUGAUGAUGAAUGAAACAUUUCAACAACCAGCACGUUGGCAUGAUGUUAUUCUGACACCAUCAUCUCGUCCAGCAAAUGAACCAUUGACACAUGCUAUGUCCUUCACACUAAGAGGUCUCCAGUCGGGAUCAGUUUAUGAAGCAAUCGUGCAAGCUAAGAAUCGAUAUGGAUGGAAUGAAGUCAGUGAUAUAUUCCAAUUUUAUACCCAACGAAAUCCUUCAGAUCCGCGUGUUGAGGAAAUGGAAUUUGUUGCAAGUUCUACAUCACGCAAUAAAUCCCAUAAUCAGAUAUCUUCAUUUCGACCAAUUCUUUUACUAUUUCCGUUCCUUUUAAUUUUGCAAUUACAUUUGCAUAAAUGGCACUAGUGUUUUUUUUAUUAUUUCACUUCCAACUUUUUUUCCUUCCAUUUUAAU